GGAGGUAGGGGAAAGGGGAUGGAGUAGAGCAGCGGUGGAGGGAAAUCUGGCCCGCCUUCCUCCCCGCUCAACCCACCGUCCUGGCUCUGCUGCCUUCCUCCAGGAGACAGCCAGGUGUGGCCCAGGAUCCCCGGGAGGUGCAGGGGAAGGGGGUGGCGUCUGCCCUCCUCGGGCGCUGGCCCGUCCCAGAGAGGACAGGAAGCCAGGACACCGGGGAUUGUCUCUCGCAGCCGCAGCCCCAGCCCCGGGAGGAAGUUCUGCCGGGUGCUCUCCGCCGGUGCCUCCCUCGCUAUAUUGUUGAACAGGAAACAGGGCAGAGCGGGAGCUGGGCGGUGGAGGAGGGAGCACCGGACGCCGAGCCCCCCGCGCGCCUGCCAGGACAAGUGGAGGCGAGGCCAGCGAGCGGACACCGAGCUCCAGCUCCCUGAAGUCUCUCCUGCCAAGCCGUCUGAAGCCCCGCCCAAGGAGAUGGCAGGGCCCUAACCUGCAUCCAUCCUCCGGCUCCACCCAGCCCGCCCAUGGGCUCCGCGAGGCCCGCCCUGCCGACGGACACGCGGCGGCCGCGAUGUCGGCGGACGUCGAGGGGGACGUCUACGUGCUGGUGGAGCAUCCCUUUGAGUACACGGGCAAGGACGGGCGCCGCGUCGCCAUCCAGCCCAACGAGCGCUACCGACUGCUGCGCCGCAGCACGGAGCACUGGUGGCACGUGCGGAGCGAGCCGGGCGGCCGCCCCUUCUACCUGCCGGCGCAGUACGUGCGCGAGCUGCCGGCCCUCGGCCACCCCGCGCCCGCCCCGCCGCCGCCCGAGCCCCUCCAGGGCCCCGCAGUUCCCGAACCGCUCGCCUAUGACUACCGCUUCGUGAGCGCGUCGGCGCCCUCCGGACCCGACGGCGCCCCCGCCGAGCCCCGGGGCCGCGCGGGCUCCCUGUGCGGCCGAGCUCGACCGGGCGCGGCCACCCAGCGUCGAAGCCUGGCGCCUGGCUCGCCCGCCUGCCUGUACACGCGGCCCGCGGCGCCCGUGCGGCCCGCGCAGUCCUUGGACGACCUGGCCCGCACCGCCGCGCUCCCUGCCGGCCUCCUCGGGAGCGGAGGAGGCUUCAAGGCCUGCAGCGUGGCCGGCUCAUGGGUGUGCCCGCGGCCCCUGGCGCGCAGCGACUCCGAGAACGUCUACGAGGCCAUCCAGGACGUGCGCGACCCGCCGACGGAGCAGCGGCCGGAGCAGCAGGUGGACGAGCCCCCGGAGCCCGUGUACGCGAACGUAGAGAGGCAGCCUCCGGCCACAUCGCCCCGCGCUUCCGCGGCCCCUCGCAGUGUGGGAGACUCGGUGUGGGAGACACACACGGACGCGGGCACGGGACGCCCCUACUACUACAACCCGGACACGGGCGUGACCACCUGGGAGUCGCCCUUCGAGGCUGCUGAGGGCCCCGCCAGCCCGGCCACGUCCCCGGCCUCGGUGGGCAGCCACGAGAGCCUCGAGACCGAGUGGGGCCAGUACUGGGAUGAGGAGAGCCGCAGGGUGUUCUUCUACAACCCGCUGACGGGAGAGACGGCUUGGGAGGACGAAUUCGAGGACCAGCUGGAGGACGAGCAGGAGAUGCAGCCGGGCCUGGGCCCCAGCAACCAGAGGCCCCCUACCCCUGAGACGGACUACCCUGAUUUGCUGACCAGUUACCCAGAGGAAGACUAUUCCCCCGUGGGCUCCUUCAGUGAGCCUGGCCCCUCCUCUCCCUUUGUCACACCCCCAGGCUGGUCUUGCCAUGUGAGCCCAGAUGGGCAGACGGUAUACACCAACAACAUCACCGAAGAACAGUGGGUGAGGCUGGAGAACCAACACGGGAAGACGUACUUCUACAAUCCAGAUGACGCCUCUGUUCAGUGGGCCCUGCCCCAGGUCCCAGUCCCUGUCCCUGCCCCUCGAAACAGCCACAAAUCCAACCAGAACAGUGAGACCCCAGCCCAGGCCACCCCCCCGGAGGAGAAGAUCAAGACCCUGGACAAGGCAGGCGUGCUCCAUCGCACCAAGAUAGUGGACAAAGGAAAGCGGCUCCGGAAGAAGCAUUGGAGUGCCUCCUGGACAGUGCUGGAGGGUGGAAUCCUGACUUUCUUCAAAGACUCGAAAAACUCAGCUGCCGGUGGCUUGAGGCAGCCUUCCAAGCUCUCCACCCCUGAGUUCACAGUGGACCUGAAGGGGGCCUCUCUCACCUGGGCCCCCAAAGACAAAUCCAGCAAGAAGAAUGUGCUGGAGCUUCGGAGCCGAGAUGGCUCAGAAUACCUGAUCCAGCAUGACUCGGAGGCCAUCAUCAGCACCUGGCACAGUGCCAUCACCCAGGGCAUCCAGGAGAUGUCCGCAGACCUGCCUCCCGAGGAGGAAAGUGAGAACAGCGGCGUGGACUUUAGGUCCAGUGAGCGCCUAGGAAGCUGGCAGGAGGAUGAGCCACGGCCUGGUGCAGCACCGCCCACCCCGGGGCCCGGAGGCCUGGAGGGUGACGUCAGCAAGGUCCGGCAGAAGCUCCUCAGGUUCCUGCUGAGGCGGCCCACGCUGCAGUCGCUGCGGGAGAAGGGCUACAUCAAAGACCAGGUGUUCGGCUGUCCGCUGGCCGAGCUGUGUGAGCGCGAGAAGAGCUCAGUGCCGCGCUUCGUGCAGCAGAGUAUCCGCGCCGUCGAGGCCCGGGGGCUGGACAUCGACGGUCUGUACCGCAUCAGUGGAAACCUGGCCACCAUCCAGAAGCUGCGCUAUAAGGUGGACCACGAUGAACGUCUGGACCUGGAAGACGGGCACUGGGAGGACGUUCAUGUGAUCACCGGCGCCCUGAAGCUCUUCUUUCGAGAGCUGCCCGAGCCCCUCUUCCCCUUCUCACACUUCCGCCAGUUCCUCGCGGCCAUCAAGCUACAGGAUCCGGCCACGCGUUUCCGCUGUGUGCGGGACCUGGUGCGCUCGCUGCCCGCCCCUAACCACGACACGCUGCGGGUGCUCUUCCAGCAUCUGUGCCGGGUGAUUGAGCACGGAGAACGGAACCGCAUGUCAGUGCAGAACGUGGCCAUAGUCUUCGGGCCCACGCUGCUGCGGCCCGAGACGGAGGAAGCCAGCAUGCCCAUGACCAUGGUGUUCCAGAAUCAGGUGGUGGAGCUCAUCCUACAGCAGUGCUCGGACAUCUUCCCGCCGCACUGACCGCGGGCCCCCAGCCCCACCCCAGCUGCUGGACCUGGGAGUGGGGGCGGCGACAGUGGUCCUGCAUGGGCAGCUGGAGGCCACGCGGCUAGACUGUUUAUCUCUGGCUAGACUAUCUCUGAGACCUCCCCUCCCUUCAGACAGUAGGCGGCUGCGAGUUCUGCACCCCCUCGGUUCUGAGGGUAUGGUGACCCCUUGUGGGCAGUUCUCAAACUGUGGGGGUUCCCCCCCUCCAACCCCUCACCCCGCGCGCGAGUUGGCCUGUUCGGAGGUUAAUUGGGGUCUGUUCUUUACCACAGCGCCACCUACUGGGCACGUGCGAGGAUGCAGGGUGGGGGCGAGUUUUCUGGGACAGCCGCUGAUGUCCCGGGGACGGGGACGUGGCCGAGGGCAUUCCUGGUUUCGUCAGGCCUGCACCUGGUGGAGGCCUUCACGGAGACCCUGCGGGUCCCCGGCCCUGUGCGUGGCACUGUGCCAUCAUGAAGCAGCAAGUGACAGCUUCCCUGCUGCGGAAAUAGGACUGAUCCAGUGGGCGGCUGAACUUGCUUUUCCCCAGGCCUCUGGGCUGAAGCUCCUGCCAGGCUCAGCCACUGGCUGGCUGUGCACCAUUUCCAUCCACUUUCCCAGUUGGAGUUCUGGGUCUCUGCCCUCCCUUGAUCCAUUUUGUGCUCUGUGCGAGGGUUCUUCCUGGUCACUAAAUGUGUACCCUGCACCUGCUACUUGACACACACCAUUUCUACUCACAAUCCCAUUUGACAGAUGAGGAAACUGAGGCUUACAGAGGCAAAGUGACUUCAGGGUCUGGUGGGUGAUUGGACUCCCCAGCUCAGCCUUCUGUCACACCAGAGCACAGCUUCCUGUGAAGGUGCCAUCAGUCCUUUCAGCUACCCCGCUCAACAGCACGGCCUUAUGGGUAAAGCAGUGAAGCUAAGCUGGUGGGUUCUGUCUGAGGACGUCCCUGAGGGCAAAGAGGGAGUCUGCUGCAGCUGUUCUUCUCUGGGGGGAGGACUAAUAGCACUGGCAGGAGUUAUCCUGGCCCCUCUCAGUGCCCUUGCUGUCACGUGUACCUCCCUAGUGCCCACCUUGCUGUGAAGAACUGGAAAAGAGACUGCAGGGUAGGGGGAAGGCAGGCUUGACCUCAGGAAAGGAAGUGCGAGCCCAACCCCGGCGUCAUCGGCCCCCCUUCCCUUCUCAGACACAAACCACCUCAGUUUAUGGGCCUCAGCCUCCUUCCCCCACCCACCCGUUCAUGCGUUCAAACAACAGAAGCUAAUAUUUAUUGACAUUUGCACCACGCCAAGCAUCUUACUUGGAUUAUCUCACUCAUUUCUCGCAGCCAAUAUUUAUUAUCUGCUUUUCUGUGCCCGGCACCGUGCUCUGGGGCAGGGGUACCGCACACUGCCUCCCUGGUGGAGCUUCUGGCCUGGUGGGUGGGACUGACCCAAGCCCACCCCUGAUGCCAGCAGGCCUGGGGCAAGAGUACAAAUGAAGGCUUCAUACCAUACAUACGUCAACAUGUUGUAAAGUUAUCAAUCAAGCUGAAUUGAUAAAAUGUGUUCUAUUCUCCUA